GAGCAACGUUGUUGGUCCUCCGCAACCUUCUUCACUUUCUUCCAUUUUUCAUCCACUUGAAGCGUCAACUAAGGGAAAAAAUCAGUCAUAUUUCGGUACUGAGCGAGCCCCUUUAAAAGUUCAUAGUCAAAAUGAAACUAUUGACCUAGAAUUAACGAAACCGAUAAACACGCAAACCAGUUAUUCUUCCCUUUCUUCGCAAUUUUUUACGUCACCAUCUAAUAACUUUUCAAGCGACGAACUUUUUAUUGGUACAAAUAAAGGUGAGGCGAAUAGGAAUAACGAUGGCAACUUUUUAGAAGCUAACAGUUGUGUUUCUUAUUUAAAUACAACAAACUUUAACUCUCAGAAUAACGCUACCAACUCCACUUCAUAUGUUGAACAAAUCUCCUCCCCACUACAGAACACUGCGUCUGACGUAGAAUUUUUUGAUAACUUUACUAUAGCAGAUAACUUUAUUGAUAUAUUUUCACCGAGAGAAAACGAAGCUAAUAUAGAUAAACCUCAAGAUAACUUAAUACUUCCCACUCCAGUAGUGCACAACGAUGUAAAAGAAUCUUCAAACUUUAACAACGGCCUAAACCAUCCGAGCUAUACCAGCUCCCUUCCUCAUCCCACUAAUAACGCAUUCCCUACAACUGGUGUACAAACGCUCUGCCAGCCGUUUGGUUAUGCCCUGCACCGCCUGCCGGGUACCCCCCCUGUUCAGCCAAGCCAUUCUUUACUGUUUGCUCCGCCGCGCGUGUCCGGCGAUUCUAUAUUAUCACUAAAAUCAGAAGAAACUUUUAAUCUCAGAAUCGGCCGUCCAGCCCUUCCCAUACUCUAUUUUGGUUUUGGCGGAAAGUUGAUUACUCAUUUCGGAAGGGAUUGUACAAACUCGAGUAUUAUAAUAAGAAACAUGUCAUCCGUUCUUAAAGAUGAAAGCUCGUUUAAUUUUCCUGGUCCGCUGCUCCCAAGCCACAAAGAAAAACUAAUAGAUUUUACAAAUUUAAAAAUACAGACGCUUGAGGACGCGGAUUCCUUGAUAUUGUGGAAGUUGCUGCUUUUAUUGAUUAAAACCGAUAGCGCUUUACUUAGAGAAAAUUGGGUACAGAAUCAUUCUUUACUUGAAAAAGUGUUGGAAUUGUUAAAGGAGGCAACUGUUGCUAAAGUAAGAAAUCCAGGCUUUUCUCAAGCUUCUCUUGAAAUUAUUGAAGAGACAACGCGGCAUCUACUGUACGGAAAUACAAAGGAGGCUGUACACGAAGCAAUGAAAGGAAACUGCUGGGACCACGCGUUGGCCAUAGCGUUUUCAGACGGCCCAUCUUCUUUUCUCGAAGUGCUUUACUACUUUGUUAAACGGGGCUUCUUGGACGAGGGCCACCCCCUUGCAACGUUUUACAUGCAGUUGACCGGCGCUCUGUUUGAUGAGAAUAAUCGAACGGAGGUCCGUUUGCGCCACUGGAAACAGCACGUGGCUAUUCUUUUGGUCAAUCGAAGUGACCGUUUGAAAUAUUUUCUGAUGACUUUGGGUGAUCGGCUUUAUAAUGAAUCUAUUAACGCUUCUCAUUUUUGUUAUCUUCUUAGCGGGGAUACACUGAAGCCGCUGCACCAAAAAACUCGCAUGACUUUGUUGGGCACUCAUCAUAAAAACUUCUUUUACCCCCAUAUUUCCGCUAUUGAGAAAAGCGAAAUUUUGGAGUUUGCGCAUACUUUGUUGGAUUCAAGUUUUUUAAUGCCUCACUUGCUUCCCUUUAAGUUCAUGCAUGCAAUUCACUUGGCUGAACUAGGAAACUUAUCAUUGGCUAUAAGGUAUUGCGAGUACCUUCAAAAAGUAUUUUUAUCUUAUCCAGAAAUUUGCACAUCGCUUUGGGCAGACAAAUUCUUAAUCUUUUUUAAAAGAGUUUGGAUAACAAAGCUUUAUAAAAACCCCUCUUCCGUGGCUGACCUUGAAGAAAGCUUUGAUCAAAACGUUAUUUUACAAGAACAUAGCUUCUCAGAUAUGUGUAAUUUGGCCAAGUUGAGUGAGCUCAGCCACGCAUAUUCUUCAACACCAGAGCCGUACCCCACCUAUUCAACCACGUCACCCACUCCCCUCAUCAAUCCAAAUACUAAAGCCUCUUUACCAACAAGCGCUACUCCUGCGCAUGAUUCAAAUCGACUCGAUGCUGGCCUUGAGGAGCUUAUAAAUGAGAAUUACGAAAAUGAUGAUGACUUUUUUACUUACUAUGAAGAAGAAUUACAAGCUUUUGUUACUGAACAAACUCAAACGAAGGAAGAAGUUACUUUAGCCAACGAACGUCUAGAAAAAGUGUCAUUUGAGGAAAAACAACCAGUGGCUGACAACUUUCCACUUCCCGAACAACCAACUCGCACGAUUUCUGCUGAAGUUAAAAAGCCUGAGGACCGGCAUGAACGAAAGUCCGAAUCGAUGUUUAGCGAUGGCCUAUUUAAGUUUAUCAAAAGAAAGCUUGGUUAUAAAGAGAUUUACCAAGGUAAGAACCUUGAAAGUUAUUAUGAUAAGAAUCUUGGAAGAUGGGUCUUCCCCGGUGGCGACGAUGAGGAGACAGAAGAGGCUGGCCCUCCAAUUGUAUCAACGAGAAAUAACUCGGUAAAGACCCAGAAAGACUCCAUUGGUCAAAGCCGUCGAAGAAGAAAGCAACUCAGUUAUGUGGAUCCGUGGUGAAUAUAGUAAUAAAAUAUAAGGAACUUUUAUUGUAU